AUGACCGGACCAACUUCCCAGCAGUGUCCGACUGCCUACAACUACUUCCAGGAUUCAGUGACCACGUUCGUACAUUCAAAGCGUCCUUCGGCAAAUGGCUUGGCUGAUGACCUUCGUCAGCCGUGGGUGUCCAGUCUGCCGCGUUUUCCCUCUCAGCACCCAAUGUCACAGGAACAGGUGCAGCAUAGCCAGCAGGACAAGGAGGGUGACAGUACCGAUGGUUUUAAUGUCAAUGGGGUUGAAUUAAAGCACGUCACGUCGAUGCAAGUGAAUUCCAAAAACAAAACCCGCAGUCUUCCAAGAGACACCCUAGCCCCUGGUAGCAAUAAACCACUCCUAGAUCAUGCUGCCGAACUUCAAGGCAGGAGACUGCGUGGGGAGAUUGACAAUAUUUUCUUCCAGAACAUGGUCUAG